UUUAAAAUUGUUUAAAAUAAGCUGCUCUCACAUCUGAAUUUCCAGGAUGAAACAUUUCAUGCUUUGAAUUUAAUUUAAAUUUGUCGAAUAGGUGGUAAGAAGUAUUUUGUGCGAGAUUUAAAUAUGGCAUUUUUCGAGAGUUUGUAUUACAAGAACAGUAGGCUGUCCAAGUAGUGCAGAAGAAGACGCAAAGGUGCAAAAUGUCUCUAGUUUUGUCAGGUAGGAUAUGUGCAAGGUGUCUUUCAACCUCCGUGCGGGACUUAAAACGAAAGGCAUUGCUCGCAAAGAUUAUAAGAGUAGACCAUGCAGGAGAAUUUGGUGCACACAGAAUCUACGAGGGUCAGCUGGCAGUUCUUGGAAGAACUUCUGUGGGACCACUUCUGAAGGAGAUGCUAGAAGAAGAGCUUGGUCACAAAGCCACAUUUGACAAACUUAUGGCAGAAAACAGAGUAAGGCCUACAGUGUUGCUGCCUUUUUGGAAUGUUGCUGGUUUCUUAUUAGGGGCAAGCACAGCACUACUGGGUAAGGAAGGGGCAAUGGCAUGUACAGUGGCAGUCGAAGAUGUUAUAGGCGACCAUUACAACAGUCAGAUACGACAGCUGAUGGAGGAUGAUCCAGAAGCACAUAAGGACCUUCUAGAGCUACUGAAAAAAUAUCGUGAUGAUGAACUGCACCAUUUAGAAACAGGUCUGGAGCAUGAUGCAGAGAAGGCUCCAUUUUACAACAUAUUAAGCCAAGCUAUCAAAACUGGUUGCAAGGGUGCGAUCUGGUUAUCCGAAAAAAUAUAACAUUGGUGCAGAGACUGGCAACAUGACCUGUAGAAUGUUUUUUGUUUAAAGAGCUGCUAUUUGAUGACAGAUGGCACUUUUUUCUUCUACUGUGUCGUUCAGAGCUGAAUGCAAAUACUGAUAUAAUAGUGGAUUUCUUUAAAUCCUGGGAUUUCCAAUGUAUUUUAUUUUCAACUGUGUUGAGAUAAACUUGGUUUAACAUUGCAUUUCUGUAACAAAUUAAAGCAAAUAAGGGAGGCAUUUCAUAAUCUACCAAUCCUGUAAAAAAAAAAAAAUGCUACCAGAAAUAAAAGAAGUGUUGAAGUUUG